AUGAAACUACUGGUGACAUUAUCCGCGUUGCUGGCGUUAUCGGCGGCUCUCCCUCAAAGGAGAGGCGACCAACAGCCUGCUGAACAGAACUACUACCAGGCAGACUACAGAGCGGCCAGUCCCGUCGAGGACUUCAGACCCAAAGUACAGCUGGACACCACCACUUACAUCCCCAUCAUCCGUUUCGACAAGGAACAAGGCACUGAUGGAAGCUACAAAACUUCAUACGAAACCGGUAACAACAUUCAAGCAGAGGAGCAAGGUUACUUAAAAUCAGUUGGUGAGGACCAAAGUGCUUUGGUACAACAAGGUUCCUACUCUUACACCGCCCCUGACGGUCAAGUCAUCAAUGUCGAAUACACCGCCGAUGAGUUCGGCUUCAGGGUCAAAGGUGACCACAUCCCAACACCACCACCAGUAUCACCUGAAAUUCAAAAGGGCCUUGAUCAAAUUUACGCCGGAAUUAAGGCUAACCAGGAACGCGCUGCUCUCGAAGCUAAGAACAACCCCGAAGCUGCUAAACAACAAGAAGAAAAGGCUGCCCUUGACUACAAAGGUUUCUACUACCAGCAA